UAGCUGUCAAGUCAAUGUCAAGUUCUAAAGAAGUGAAGUGAAACGUCAGUUUCGUCUAGUUUAUUUCGAUUUCGAGGAAAAAUGUCCAAUAUAUUAUAGAAAACGCGUAUUGAGCCGCAGUUUAUUAUAACCGCUAUGAACUAAAGUUAUCUACGCAUUAUUUUUGUUAUACAGUUUGGGUAUCGACUUCCGAGUUUAUUGAGAAAAAAUGGUCAAAAUGCUGAAGAAGCGGUCUGUCUGCCUGGCGCUGGCCGUGUUCCUGGGGACAGUGGCGGUAUCCGUGGCACAGGGCCAUGCUCCCGUGCCGCCAUCACCAGACCCUUCUCCAGCUUCCACUACACCGAGAGCAGCGAUCCAGGGCAGUUUCCUGCAAGGUUUCCUUGCCUCCCUUUCCGUGGUGGUAGUCUCGGAAUUGGGAGACAAGACCUUCUUCAUAGCGGCUAUUAUGGCUAUGAAACAUCCGAGGAUCAUAGUCUUUGCUGGUGCCAUAUCUGCACUGGUGUUCAUGACAAUACUAUCAGCUGCCUUCGGAUGGAUAGCCACGGUCAUACCUCGAGUCUACACCUACUACGCAAGUGCUGUGUUGUUCGCGAUAUUUGGUAUAAAAAUGUUAAGGGACGGUUGGAAAAUGGAUCCCAACGAAGGCCAAGAAGAAUUAGAAGAAGUACAAAGUGAAUUGAAAAGAAGAGAAGAUCAGGAAGCGCAAAAAGAGCGUUCGAAUUCCCCUGACGCGACGUCGGUGGUGACUUCUGGCACCCAAAGCCCGAGGCCUCCGACCCCCGAAGUGGAGAGAGGGCGAGUGUCCCCCGCGGAGCCCGUAGCGGGCAGCUCGGCGCAAUCAGAACCGCUGAGGGAAGAAAAAGAAGAGACCUUAGACAUGUUAGAGCAAGGUCAAGUGGAGAAUAGGCGGCGGAAACGAAACGCCGUGUUGAAGGUGUUACUGCAGGCUGCGUCACUGACCUUCUUGGCUGAGUGGGGGGACAGGUCUCAGCUUGCUACCGUUGUGCUAGCGACAAGGGAGCAUGCGGUCGGCGUGGUGGUCGGUGGCUCCCUUGGCCACGCGCUCUGCACUGGUCUCGCUGUGAUAGGCGGCCGCAUGGUUGCUGCCAAGAUUUCUGUUAGAACUGUUACCAUAAUCGGUGGUCUAGUGUUCCUGUUCUUCGCCGUCAGUGCCUUUUUCAUUGGGCCCGGUGAAUAAACCCUAGUUGUAAUCUACGUGUAAGUGACAAUAUAAAGUGUACAUUGUUAAUAUUUUAGCUUAUAUAGACAAUCUCACUUUGUUUAUAUGUAUUUAAUUGUUAAACGUUGAAGUAUUACGUAUUACGUGGGGCAACACUAUGUUAAAUCGUAGUAUUUUAAAAUGGUCUUUUUUAACACAUUGAACGCCGUGGUGGUCACCGGUGACCGGAAAAUUGAAUAGGUAUUGGUCAAUUCUUCAAUAUUAAAAACUGCUUAAUGUCAAUUUUAUUUCUACACAUAAAAAUUACCUGUUGAUUGAAAAUCUGGUGAAUAUAAUGAUCGUUUUGCAAUUAAAUGACUUCUAUGGAAUGUGGGCUAUUUAUUAAAUGUUUUCUGGGAUCUCAUCUCCUUUACUACAUAUUUACAUCUGGAUAUUUUCAACUCGGUCUUAAAAUAUUGAAGCAAAUUAAUCCUAUUUUUUUUACAAUACUUCGAUAAUUCAAAUCGAUACUAAUUAACAAAACGUUUUCAAUUAAAAUAAUCGCGAAUGUCAAUGGUAAUUAGGUAUUUACGAUGAUUUCGCAUUCAUAUCUGUACGUGUGGAACGCAUGUUGAUAAAAUUAAAUAUCUUAUAGAUAGAUAGACAGUUUUAUUUUUCGAGGGACUAAAAUCAUUCAAUGACUUCUCCCGCCUUGUGUGAAGCGAGAGGGAGUGUCAGACUCUUACUGACUAAAAACCACCCCGUUCCUACUUCUGCUUUAAGCCGAAGCCCCGGUAACAUGUCAGGUCGUCCGCAGCUCCGGAUAUAUAGCUACAGUUAAGAUAGUGUUGUCCUACAACCCCGGGAUUGUCGAUAUCGAAGUAUCGAUACAAAUUGUAUGUCUUCUUCACUAGUUAUCGAUAGUAAUCGUUGAGACGUGCUCUGAUAUUAUGUUUAGAAUCUCUUUACGCUUUUAUUUAAUAUUUUUAUCAAUUGGGUUGUGUACUUAUAUUUUUAUUCUAUAGACCUUAUUGUCUACGCCAUAAAGCGGAAUAUGCUAACUUUAUAAUGAUUUUCUAAAACUUCAUGUGGAUUUUGUCGAAGUAAUAAUAUACAGAUUUUAAUGACGAAGGCUGGGCAACUGGCCGUCGUGCAACGUGUUGCGGGUUCGAUUCCCGCUCGGUAUAACUCUUUAUGUAAUCCACAAAUUGUUGUUUCCGGUCUGGGUGUCACGUGCAUGUGAACUUGUAUGUUUGUAAGCGCACCUCAGAUACGAGAGAAAAUCCUAGGGUGGGGCAAAGUUGCUUUAAAAAGAAUAAAAAAACUGAGUGGUUUUACCCAAAUAUGUCUUGUAAUUUCAACCAUUAAAAAUUACUUUGUCUUUGUUCAAACUACUUUUACAUAAAUAUAUUCUUCUCAUACGCAUGUAUAUCGGAAUACCUAACAUAAUAUGCGUCAUAUAAAUAUAGGCAGGUAUGUACCUAUAAUACUAAGGUAGGUACUUUCUACGUCAAAGAAGUUCUUAAUCUUCCCCUCACAAUCUUAUCAACUCAAGUAUCCUUUAAAAAAAAAACACUCUUGAAGACGACAUACAAUUUGUUUCCUUACAACCUAACAAAUUAGAUAUAUUUUUCAAUAACAAUUUGCGUGAAGAUUUUUUUUUGUAUAGAGAUAUUAUGCCAACUAAGAUUGUAAAAAAACAGUUAUUUUUUUAAACUGGCGUCUUAUGUAUAUGAAGGUAUGUAUGUAUAGGUUAUAUAGAAUGUGUGAGAGAGAAAAAAGAUCAAUGGUUGAGACAAAAACUAGAUUUUUUUUUAUUAUUUUAAUGAGAUUUGUUAACGGCCUUUUAACGUAAUUAAUAAUGUAAUGAAAAUUGACUUAAAUGAAUCGGAAAUUAAUUUUAAAUUGAUUAUGGCGAUUAUAUUGGUUAUAAUAAGACUUAAAAUCCUGAGUAUGCCACAAUAGUCCCGAAUUUAAAGAUUUUUGUGUUAAAUUGAAAAAAUCUUUGUUUUCACUUUAAUUCUACAAUAGUUAAUAUUUGUAGUCAGUUUAAAAUAUUUAAAUUAAUGAUAGAACCAAAACGGGAAGGUGCUUCUUCAUACACAAAAUACUUAUUAGUAAUAGAAUUUAAUACAAAAAAAAUAUGAGAUCCAUAAUAAGAAAAAUGAUGAAAUAAGUAAUUGCCAAAAGUUAUUUUUCUAGCCUAGAAUGAAUGUUAUUAUUAUUAUAGAUUAUUAUAAUUAUAUAAUAUAAAUAAUUAGCUAAAAUAUAUAUUAUUAUAUUAUGUAAACGCUUAUAAACGCCGGGUGCGUUAAAAUUAUCUAAUUAAUCGUUUCGUGUAGAUGUAAACUAAUGUUUUUAUACUUGUCUGUGAUCUUGUAUGUAUGCUAAAAGUUUAUUUUUUAAAUACACAGUACAAUAAAAAUGAAUUAAAAUGCAUUUAAAACAAUAAAUAGUCGAAAUUAUCAGUUUUAUUGCACUUUGGUUUUAUAUUAGGUCAUAAUGUAACCUCCUAUUCGAAUUAAUUUAAAAAUAUUCCCUUAGGGUAAGCGUCCACACGUCCGCAUCGUACGCAUCGUAUGACGUCAUCGGUACGCGUCGCAUGUAGUCAUUGCUGAUGAUGCGGUCCGUACGAUGCGGAUCAGUGGACGCAGUUGUAUGAGUUUCUAUACAAGACAAACUAAAAUCCGUUGCGUACGAUGCGGGCCUGUGGACGCGUACCUUUAUUUAGUGUUUCGUUGUAUAAGCAUAUAGUCUUGUUUAAUUAAAUGUUUAUAUUUUAGGGAUUUUUCAUUUUAAUGUUUUUUAAGGAAUAAAUAAUAAAUUUUACCCAGUGUAUGAUUAUACACUUGCUCUGCCUACCUCUGCAAGGAGCAAGAGGGCGUGAAUUUAUAUAAACCCGCUUAUAAUUAGGUGUUGGAACUUUAGAAAUUAUUCGAAAUUCGUAUAAUUAUUUGUGUCUGCCAUUAUGCCUUAUGUAAUUUAUAAUGGUCGUUUUCUGGAAUUAUGAUUUUGUAAACUUGUCCCGAGUUCGUUUCUAGGGUCGGGCAAAGUAUUUUGAGAAUACAUAAUGAUAAUAUGGAGCAUGUAGAUGUGCCCAGUGCAUAGAAAUAGGUUUGCCCUCCCCUAUAAAAGAGACAUAACAUACCUCACAAAAUUUAAAAAUGUAUUGUACAUUACACUGCCAAGCCCCUCUGGAACUAAAUGUCGUAAUGAUAUUGUAAUAACUGUAAAGAAAUUAAAUAUAUUCAAGACUCAUAUUUUACAUGCAAGAAUAAUGUUAUGACAAUACAUAAACAAUUAAAUAGCUUGAAAAUAUAAUAGUGCUGAUUUUUGUUAUGAAUCAAAUCAAAUAAAUAUUGCUAUUCAUUUCUGUUAGAACGCUAUAUUUUUGUGCCAAUUACCAUACUGUUCUCUAAAAAAUAUAUAAACCAAUUUUAAGACUCACUAUUACAUUAAACCUGUAUUAUGAGUUCCAACAAAUAACAUAACUUAGGGCUUAUUACGAGUUUGUUUUACGUUCAACGAGAGCGCGCUCUGAUUGGUUGGUUUAUUUGAGUCGGCCAAUCAGAGCGCGAGCGUUAUUGAUCGAUUUCAUUAAACAUAAAGUAUAACUCGUACUAAGGGUGCUCGUGUUAAGUGGGUGUUAAAUAUUAAUGACUCGCCUCUAUUACAUAAGACUAUAGGACUCAUAAAACUGAUAAAAAUCUAGGUAUUUAUCUGUAUAAGCACUGAGUUAAAUUCUUAAUCUGGUUGGUAAAUAAGAAAAUUAGCACUAUUAUAUUAGGCUACAUGUUAGUAUAGUCUAAAUACUAGAAUAAUAGUAAUAAUGACCAUAUUUCACCACCAGUGUCAAUUCAUUAGAAUUUAUAUUUUCUAUCUUUCAAUAUUUAAUAGUAUAGUUUAAAGAAAUCUGUUAUAAAAUGAAAUAUGUAAUUACGUCUUGAAAUUCAAUUGUCUUAGCUACAAAACCUGUUCAAAGAAAAAUGUGGUUAAUGGUAAUAGUACUUAGGGUCAUUUUACAUUGAAUGAAUCUGAAGGGUAACUGUGAUUUGAUCUUCCUACUUCAUAUUUGUGACACAUUUGGUGUAUUGGUGCAAAUGUUGGUGUUGUUAACUGCUAAUGUAAAAUGGACUUUAUUUUGGUAUGAGUAGAGUAUAUUUUGUAAUAACUAAAUAACGCUAAUGUUUGUAUAAAUACGCCAAGCUGGUGUGGAAAUUGUUUUGGGCAUCAUUUGUGAAUUAAGUAGUUUUGAUAGAUGCAAUAAUGUAGAAAACAAUGAACAACUAUUUAUAUAAACAUACUUCAAUUGUAUAUUUUAAGUUUCAGGCUCUUCGUAAAACUGAAAAUUAACUGUGUAAAAAAACAACAUUAAAAAAUUAUGUUUAAUUCAAUGCGCGAGAUCAACUUUCAUCCUUUUUGUAUUUAUUACUUUUAAAUUGAGUAAAGUUGCCCAAGCGCAUACAUGUUUAAUCUGUGCUAUUUUAAUGUUGUCUGUGGCACUCAAAAUGGCGGGAUACGUCAAAUGGUCAGCCAUUUUGUGGGCGGUUCCAUGUAUAGUAAUGUUUAUGUAAUAUAUAGUUGAAUAUAUAAUUUUAUAAGUACAAAACAUUGUCAACCGGAAAAUCACAUAGAUUGCUUCAUACUUGUUGAUUAAAAAAAAAGUAUUAUUUUUUAAAAACGAAAUAAAAUGUGUAAAUAAUGUA